AUUCUUUACUGACGUCACUGCGGCCAGUAUAUAAAGUAUGUCUGGGUUGUCGGUCGAAGCAAUUUGAGUUUAACAUUUUACUGCUCAACAACAAACCGAUCGCUCCGCGUCUAAACAAUUUCUCAGCAAUUAUUUCUAAAAAAAAACGUAAUUAAUUUAUAAAUUAUCAAGAUGAUCAUGUUCGGGCUUCUGUGUUUUUGUGCGGCGUUUGGUGAAAUUACGUCCUCCGCCAUACCCAUGUGGGAAUAUUUAAGUAAAGAUGAAAAGAUGUCCUAUCUGUAUUCGAUGUUCGCGAACCAAGUGGAGACAUUUUGUGAAUCGUCCGAUAUGAAAAACUGCAACCAGGAUCUGCUCAAAUACGGAUUAAACAAGUUGAAAGUUAUGCCUGAAGAUCAUUUGGACACGAUGGAUCCUUACCAAAGGGGAGCACACACACUAAUUUGGGAUUCGAUGAUGGAAGGUCACGAGAUGAUGUCAAAGAAGCCUAAACAAAAGGAAACGUCUUCGGUGAAACCCAAUUCGUACGACGAUCAAUCAUCAUUUUCGCUGAACGAAGAUUAUCAAGGUCAAGCGUCGGCGAGAAUCGAGACCGUCUACAAAGUGUUGCCACCAAGAAACGUCCUCACAAUUUCGAGCGGUCCGUCGCAAUACAAGACGCCUUUCGUCCAGAACAAAGUGGAUUACGUGAACGUUCCCUUAACCGGUCCGAUGGUCGUCAAAGUCCAUCUGGAUGGAAGUCCGGUGAAAGAUCACACGGAUUUACCGCAAGACGACGAUCUCAAACACUACAAGAUGUCCAAACUGAGGCUGCCCAAUUUCUCUUGAAUCCACUCACUUUUUCCCACAAUUAUUUUCUUUCUUUUUUAAUUAUUAUUCUCUUACGUUCUGUAAAA